GUGUCUCUGGAGAAGAGUCGGGCUACCUGUUGGCUCCGGUGGACACCAGUCGAUCGUCUGACAAGUCGCCCGGAUCCGCUAAGCGCUCCAAUCUGAAAUCCGCAUCUCGUCGGCCAUCCCCUGCAGUCUCUGUCGUCAUCCCUCGAGUCAAGAAGAGGAAAUUAGGUGGAAGAUUAAAAGAGGAUACGCCUGAUUCGAUCGCUAAGCCUAAAGAGAGUCGGGAUUUGAGUCAAUCAUAA